CAAACAUAAACAAGAAAUUUCGUGCUAGAGUAUGGAGGAAGAAGUCCUUCUUAUAUACGAGACAAUCAGCAUAUUUUCAUUUACUUGCAAAACAUUCAAAUCAAAUAUGGCUGAUUACCAAGGCACCAUCAUACUUUUCAUCAUAUGGCUAGUCUCCACAAUAGUGGUUCGAGCCAUAGUCAGCAAAAAACAGAACAAGACUAAUAGACCACCAAGUCCACUAGCCUUACCCAUCAUUGGACAUCUCCACCUUCUUGCUCCAAUACCUCACCAAGCUCUUCACAAGCUCUCCACCCGCCAUGGACCCAUAAUGCACCUUCUCCUUGGCUCCGUGCCAUGUGUCGUGGCUUCCACACCAGAAGCCGCCAAAGAAUUCCUCAAAACUCACGAAAACUCCUUCUCCAACCGCCCGCAAAGUUUUGCGGUUGAUUAUCUAACAUAUGGCUCGCAGGACUUCUCUUUCGCGCCAUAUGGACCGUAUUGGAAAUUCAUGAAGAAAAUAUGCAUGUCUGAGCUUCUGGGGGGUCACACACUGAGUCAGCUUCUACCUGUGAGGAGACAAGAGACUUUAAGGUUUCUUAGACUUAUGCUUCAGAGAGGGAAGGCAGCUGAGGCCAUUGAUGUUGGGAGAGAACUACUGAGGCUCUCGAAUAACAUUGUGUCAAGGAUGAUUAUGAGCCAAACGUGUUCUGAAGAUGAUAGUGAGGCUGAAGAGGUGAGGAAGUUGGUGCAAGACACUGUGCAUCUCACUGGGAAGUUUAAUGUUUCGGACUUCAUUUGGUUCCUUAGGAAGUGGGAUUUGCAGGGGUUCGGGAAAGGACUCAAGGAGAUUCGGGACAGGUUUGAUGCCAUUAUGGAGAGGGCGAUCAAGAAGCAUGAAGAGGAAAGGAAGAAAAGAAGGGAAGAGGGUAGUGGAGGAGAGGGUCAUAUCAAGGAUCUACUUGAUGUAUUGUUGGACAUACAUGAAGAUGAGAACUCUGAUAUUAAAUUGACUAAAGAGAACAUAAAGGCCUUCAUCUUGGAUGUGUUUAUGGCAGGAACAGACACUGCAGCCUUAACAACCGAAUGGGCUCUAGCUGAGUUGAUUAACCACCCACAUGUGAUGGAGAGAGCAAGACAAGAGAUUGAUGCUGUGAUAGGGAAUGGUAGAAUAGUAGAAGAAUCAGACAUUGCCAACCUUUCUUACCUGCAAGCUGUAGUGAAGGAAACUCUGAGGAUUCACCCCACAGGUCCAAUGAUUAUUAGAGAAUCAUCAGAAAGCAGCACUAUCUGGGGCUAUGAGAUUCCAGCAAAGACUCAGUUAUUUGUUAAUGUGUGGGCUAUUGGAAGGGACCCUAAUCACUGGGAGAACCCACUUGAGUUCAGGCCAGAGAGGUUUGCUAGUGAAGAGGGAAGUGGGAAGGGGCAGUUAGAUGUGAGGGGGCAACAUUUUCACAUGAUUCCAUUUGGGAGCGGGAGAAGAGGGUGUCCUGGAACCUCACUUGCUUUGCAGGUUGUGCAGGCAAACCUUGCUGCUAUGAUUCAAUGCUUUGAAUGGAAGGUUAAAGGAGGCAUUGAAAUUGCUGACAUGGAAGAGAAACCAGGGUUAACUCUUUCAAGGGCUCAUCCAUUGAUUUGUGUCCCUGUGCCUAGGCUUAAUCCUUUUCCUAAUAUAUCAAAUGCCUAAUUCAGUUCAUCGAGUGUGUUAGUUGUUGUAAACCUAUCUUUGAUUCCUAUACAUAAAAGGAAAAAAAAAUCCUUUUCCUAAUAUGUGAUUGUGAUAAAACAAAAUCAAGCUUGGGGGAGAAAAAAACUUCAAAUUGAAAUUCCACAUUUUGGCUUGUUCUUGUUUCUGUGUAAUUCAUAAUCAUCAAUAUCACAAAACCUGUUUCUGAUUGGCAGAAAGAACACAAA